ACCACCCACCACCAUGUCCUCCAGCGGGUAUCUAUUACUUCUGGUGCUCUUUAUCGUUAUUCUUUGUAUCUCUGGAGAAGGGGUUUAUGCGUUUGGGGCAGGAAACAUCCCAAGUUUUGCAUAUUUGGAAGGGCGGGCUUUCCGGCAUGGUGAUAUCGAAGAUAGCCUGGGAGAUGUCGCGAAGAAGGCCGGAGGCUUUGCUCUUGGAGCACUGAUCGGCAAGGGAGGCUCCAAGUUUGGCGGACUCGAUAUCAAACGCGUGUACUUUGGAAAUUGGCUGAGAGAUUACAGUCAGGCGGUAGAUGUUGCUGGUCUACAGAAGUUACAGCUUCAGACGAUCAUUAACCUCGUCAUGGUUCUGGGCUUUAUGGCACAUGGGUAUGCUACACACGAGUUCGAAGUUACCGAGGAGCGCCUCGGCGUAUAUCUUCCGACGGAACACAUAGACAACCCGAAGGGGUACCCAGAUAAUGCUAGGCAAUACCACCCUAAACUGCGGCCACCAGUCGACCCAAGGGAGCUUGAAAUUGAUCCUCGCACUGGGAUGAAGAAUUAUAUUGCCAACGAAAAUGGUUCUUGGGAUACCUCCAAAGGGCUCGUUCGGCGUACGCUCGAGCGUUGCAUUCAGAUCGGUCGCCAAGGCCGUGCGACAAACAACAAGAUCGACGUCUACGAGUCCUAUCGUCUUCUCGGCCAAGCGCUACAUACCCUGGAGGACUUUCCGGCGCAUUCGAAUUUCUGCGAGCUCGCACUCGUGAUGAUGGGCCACCACGAUAUAUUCACCCACGUGGGUGACCAAGCCAAGAUUCAGGCUCCUGGCGGCAAGUGGGUCGCUCCCCUUGUCACAGGUACCUUCGGAUCGAGCGACUUCAUACACAGUCUACUCGGAGAGGCUACUGACCACAUCAGCCAAGCGUCUGUCACUGACCUCAACGCCGAACUCGACAAAGCCCGCGCGAAAGCAGGCGGCGACGCCCGUGGCGGCAACGGCCCCGCAGAUACACUCCGAUCUGUGCUCUUCAAGCUGCCUGGGGGAGACAACAGCGAGAUGGAGCGCGAGCUGCAGGGCGUCGAGCGUAUCCGCGCGGAGCCGUACCAGCAGGGCGGUAAGAGGCCGGAGGACAUGAGUCCGCAGGAGCUGCACUCGGUCAUCUGGCAGGUGUUGACGUUCAGGGACUCUGUCAUGAAGAAGAUUGAGAAGACGAUUGAGAGGAUUCCCGGUCUCGGGCCCCUCAUCGAAAAGAUCUCGGAGUCGAUAUCUGUUUUCGUCUUCACUACACUGGAGCCUUUUUUGAAGCCGCUCAUGAAGCAGGCCACUAGUGGCCUUCAGCUGGCGUCGGGAGAGGUUAUCAACAACCAGGACCAGUACGAAGUGUUCAAUGAUCCCAGAGCUUCGGACCCUACCCACUCCUUCCUGAGCAAGGACCACUUCAACCUCAUCUUGAACGAACCUGCUGGGAAUCUAGCGAAGAUCAUAUUGACGCAUGCGGUGAAUCUCGUGGUGAGGGCCUGGGAUGAUACGUCUAUGAAUGCUCAUCACGUCACGGAGGACAUACUUCAAUGCCUCUUCCAUCCGGAGUUCCAUGACCGCAACUCCCAAAUUCAGCGCGAGAUGCUGAACUAUAUGCACAGCUGGGUACAAGGCCUUGGCGGCCAGCAGCACGAGACGCUCCGCCGGUUGACCAAGCAGGCCGUCAGAAACCACGAGAACAUGCGUAUCGGCGGCCAUGGUUCUUCUGCAACCCCUCAGCAGGGCAACUACGCGCAAAAUGCCGGGAUCCAGGCGCAGCACCAGCUUGGUAGUUACGUGACUCAGAUUCCCGGUAUGGCUCAGGCUCAGAACCUGCUCGGGAAGUUCGGCAGUGGACCCAACCUCGGUAUCGGGAGAGAGGCCGUAGGAGGCGGCGGUGGCCCGGGAGGUUACCCGGGGGGUCCCCCGCCUCCAAUAUCAGCAUCUGCGCCGCCAUCUACAGGUGAGGCUUCCUCAUAUUACGGCGGCGGCGCUCCGUCUGCGCCCACUCCUGGCUAUGGAGGUGGUCCGUCUGCGAUGCCAUCGUUUUCCGGAGCGCCUCCCCUGCAAGGCCACAACUAUAGCGACUAUAGCGCACCGUCGGGCCCCCCUCCGCCACAGCCGCAUGGAGGGUACGCGCCGAGCUAUGCGUCGCCGUCGCCCCCCGUAUCGUUCCCGGGUGCAGAUGUGCCGGGCGUGGGCUAUCCUGGACAGUCGACCUACCCCGGACAGCCCUCCUACACUGGGCAGCCUGCCUAUCCUGGGCAGUACGGCCCGCCGCCCGGCGCACCAGGUGGGUUCGGCAUGCCAAGCCCAGACGCGCCACCGCCGCAAGGGAUCCCACAACCACAUGUGCAUGGGCACGGGCACCACCAUCAGCACCAUGGACAUCACGGUCCCCCGCAGGGAGGUGGGCCCUUCGGAUGGCAGUAGGAGACUAGGGCGAACGUAAGGCAGAAUUAAGGGAAUGUGGUGUGUAAUAUGUGACCAUUGUGUUUCAUCUUUUGUAAAGCUACUCGCUCGCUUGCUUGUAGCGUCGUAUCAGGCAGCAUCUCAACUCGAAUCGAACUCAGUCUUUACUUUUGC